UCGGAUAAAAUCAAUGCUGCCUCUGAAAAUAUUUUCUUUUUAUGGUUUAAUUUGGAUUUUGAUUUCCAAGAGUUGGACGAAGUGUUGAAGUACUACCCUCAAGGUUUUCAUGGUGUGGAUAAGGAAGGAAGACCUGUUUACAUUGAAUUGAUAGGAAAAGUUGUACCUGAUAAGCUCAUGCGAGAAACAACUUUGGAACGAUAUGUAAGAUACCAUGUGAAGGAAUUUGAAAAGUGUUUUGCAACUAAGUUUCCGGCUUGCUCCAUUGCUGCAAAGAGACACAUAGAUUCCAGUACAACUAUUUUAGACUUUCAAGGCAUGGGUCUAAAAAACUUCAGCAAGUCUGCACAAGAUCUUGUUAGGUGUCUGCAGAAGAUUGAUGGUGAUAACUAUCCUGAGACUCUUUGCCGAAUGUUUAUCAUCAAUGCUGGUUCUGGUUUUAAGAUGGCCUGGAAAGCUGUCAAAUCUGUUCUUGAUUCCAAAACAGCUAGUAAGAUUACUGUUCUUGGUAGCAACUACCAGAGUAAGUUGCUUGAAAUUAUUGAUGCAUGCGAGUUACCGCAGUUUCUUGGAGGUACCUGCACCUGUGCUGAUCAGGGAGGUUGUAUGAGAUCAGACAAAGAUUCCUGGAAAGACCCCAACAUAUUGAAGAUGAUUGCCGAUGGUGAAGCACUAUACACCAGACAGAUAGUGACAGUUUCAAAUGGAGAAAGAAAGAUGAAGAGUAGCGACACAUCUGUAGUCGAGUCAGGAUCUGAAGUGGAAGAAUUUGCUUCUCCUAUCCCAACUAGAAACUAUUUACAUCCAAUAUUGGCUCCUGUCAGUGAAGAGGCUAGAAUGGCUGGCAAGGCGAGCUCCGCUGCAGGUUCAUCCAAGAAUGAUGAAAAUGUCCCCAUGAUCGACAAGGCUGUAGAUUCGGAGAGUGAGAUAUCAUUCCUUUUUUUGACCCCUUUUUCUCUUAUCCGAACAAUGGUGUUGCAUCUGACGAAGAAGCCUAGAGUUACUAAUUUGACAUGUAGCAUUCCUGACCAGCAUCUCGAAUCUAUGUUUAAGGACGAGACUCGUCCACCUUCACCUGCUCCUCCAAGGUUUACAGAGGCAGACCUCAUUUCAUCUGUCGUAAGAAGGCUUGGUGAUCUGGAAGUGAAGGUUGAGACACUACAGUCAAAAAGAUUUGAAAUGCCUCAUGAGAAAGAGGAGUUGCUGAGUGCUGCUGUUUGUCGCGUGGAUGCGUUAGAAGCAGUGCUAAUUGCUACGAAAAAGGCACUUCAUGAUGCCUUAAUGCGGCAGGAAGAACUCCUUGCAUACAUAGAUGGUCAAGAAGAAGCUAAGUUUCGGAAAAAGAAGUCUUGCUGGUAAGGUAGGGGAAAGAAUUGGCGUUUUCCGGAUCGGCAUUCUAUACUAGUAAAAAUGCAUAUGCACCUAAGUUUGUCCUUU